CUGAUAGACUCAGUACUAUUUUCAAAAUGGCGGUAAGAACGGCACGAGCGACAAGAGGGAAGGAAAAUAGUGAUUUUUCUUCAUUAAUAAGUGUCAAAAGUUUUAAAGAAUAUCUCUCGAAUGAGCUGUCAGAGGAAGAUAUUGAAAUGAAGAAACAUGAGCCAACACAUAGUGAGCUUGCAGAAGCGAUGGGGGUUUCUCCUGAAACUGUUGCAGAGUUGGAUGAAGUUUGCAGUCCAGCUAACUUGAAGGGUCCAGCUGAACCAAGUGAUUUAGACUCUGUUGAUAUUUACAAUAAUGAUAUCCCACCUGAUACGGACCUCUCUUCUUUAAGGCUGUUAAAGGAAAGAAAAGGCAAAAUCACUCAUUUUAGAAAAGAAGUAAAUUAUUUUGUAAAGGAAUCCGUAACUCGCAAAGGAGCAGAAGAGCAUAAAGCUAUAGAAGAAACAGAAGUUCUUCUUUCCAUUGCAAUUUAUCAUCCUAAAAUGUUAAACAAAGUUCAAGAAUUUCUCGUUCUAUCACAUCAGAAACUUACCUCACUGCGAGACAAAAUUUACUGUGCAUCAGACCAUGUUGUUCCAGGUGACCAUAGUGACAACCCAAACCUUUUACAAGUGGCAAAAUGCAAGGAUAUUUGUAAAUCUGGAUUCUUUUAUAUUGAAAAUGUGUUUUAUAAUGACAUGAGGGAUGGUCUUUCUAGAGAUUACAGCAGGAUAAUCACUGACUGGGCCAAGGACAGUGAUGAGGACUGGAGUACCAAGCUAAAGGAAGCACAAACAAAGUCAAUGGAUGAGUCAGUGUUUGGAGAGCUCACAAUCAGAUUAGGCUAUCCUUAUCUUUACUGUCACCAAGGCAACUGUGAACACCUCAUAAUUUUUACUGAUCUGAGAUUACUUCAUGUAGAUGACAGCAAGAAUGCAAUGGACUACCCUUUACAAGUGUUCAAACAUCGGUGCAGGCGGCGGCGAUGUCGUGUGUGUAACAUCUAUACUGCAGAAUGGGUUACGAAAAACGAUAUAUUGGCUAGUGAAGACCCUUCGUUCUUCUGCGAUAAAUGCUUUAAAUCGUUACAUUACGCCAAAGGAGAAAAACUCUGUGACUUUGAGGCUUAUCCGUUUAUGGGAUACUCGGACUGGUGACAAGAAACAAGUAAGGGUAUUUGUAAAUAGUAUUCAAACUGAGCUAAAUACUAUCAAUAUAUUGUACAUUGCGGCAGAGACAGUAAAAUACCAACAGCAAAUAACAACGAUAACUGCAACAGCAGCAACCACUGACGACAGCACUGUGGCACUGUUGCAAAAACAGUUGCAACAGCAGCAACAGACGGCAACAUCUACAAUGACAACAACAACAUCAGCAACUACAACAGCAAAUACAGCAGCAGCAGCCAAAACAACAAAAGCAACGGCUACUGCAACUUAACAGCAGUCAGCAGCAACUUCGGCCAUGAAAAAAUGCAAUGAGGAACUACUAUAGCCUAUGGUUUUGGCCGAUUUUGGUCCAUUUUCACACCUUUUCAAAAAACAUGUAUUAUUUAAGAAGGAUGCAAAACAGGUCAUUUUGGGCCAUUUUUACAGCAAAAGUUUACAUUCACUAAUUUUUGUAACUAAAUAAUUUUUUAAAUAUUCGUUUCGGCUGCCGGUCAAUAUGAAAUGAGGCAAAAAAUAGGGGAAAGGGAAAAAUAAGUAUCGGUUUAUAUACAAAGGUGAAAAUAUCCUUCUUUCGUGGUGAAAGUUGCCAUUUUCGAUGGCUUUCCUUUGCGUGUGUACAACUCUUUGCUCGGAACUUUGCAAUUGCUUGGUUUUGAAACUGAUAAUUUUGAGUCUUUGAUUCUUGUUAUCUGAUUCAAAUCGACCAAUAAAACUUGAAACUAGUGAUUCAGCCGAUAAACAUUCGGGCUUGAGACAGGAAAUGACGUCUAGCUUUUGAAAAUCAGGCUUUUGUUACGCUUUGAUCCUAUCGAUACAUUAGGGGAGGGGAGGAUGUAGCAACCAAACGUCUUUCGGCGUUUCCGUCAUUAAGUUUAUUAGGGUUACCGGAAAUUGAUCUCGGAGUUCGUCGUUUGAUUUGGCUGAAACAUCCACGACAUUUUGGACGCUAUAUUUGCAUCAAAACUAGCAGGUACUCAAGCCCAAGACGCGUCUCGUGACUGGCUGUUACAUGUAACGCCCAUUUUGUUGAAGAGGAAAAAUUGUUCAAUUUUGUUUUCCUAAGAGGAUUCCAUAAAAAUGUCUGAUUUACAGAGAGCAAGACAGCCAACGAACCAAGAGAAGACAAAUAGCGAAAAGAUGGUCAAUACUGUUGCAAACACGAAGGCAUCAGUCAAAUCCGCCCCCAAAGCCGUUCAAGCUGUUGAAUCAAACGGCGACGUAGGAAAGUCAUCAAAGGAAAUACACGAAGCCAAAGUCCAAGAUACUGAAAAAGUCAGCUUCGAAGUGAUGGGUAUUCCCCAAAUCACAACACUCGAAGGGUUUUUGGAAAUGCACAUUUGCUAAAGGACUUCCAAAAGUCUUCCAUAAAAAUUAGGAAUGGAAUGGAAUGGAUUCAGGAGUUCCGGACUUUCAAAAUCUAGCAGUUGAAACAUCAGAGACUAUCAAUCUGGAUUUAUGCACUGAACAAGGAAGAUUUCCAAUCACCUUUAUUUGUAAAUAGAAAGAAAAGUUUUAUAAGACAAUCAAUUUUAUUCCAUGCAGGCUAUUUCAGUCCAGCAAUUAUGCUCACAUGAUAGAAUGCUUUAUUUAACCACUCAUAAAGAUGGGCUUUUAUUUUCUAAAUUGUAUAAAAUUUAUAAUAGCAGAUAUCAGAGUUCCACUAGAUUGCUUUCAAACAGUUGUUUCAUUUAAUUAGGUCAGACAUUUCAUUAUAUUGACCCAAAUAUAUCGACCCCUUCACAUUUCCCUUGGCCAUCUUAAAAGGUAGCCUUGCCUUUGCAUUUAAGUGAGAAGAAUAGUGAGCUUGCAGUGAUAUAGAUGUGAAGAAGGUCUCUAUCAUUGCAAGCUCACUUAUCAUUUCACUUCAAUGCAAAGUCACAGCUACCUUUCAAGAUGGCGCAGGGAACUGUGAAAGGGACUAUUGUUUGAAGGCAAUAGAGGAUAACUCUAAUAUCUGCUUUCAAGAUUGAUAUAUAGAGAGAGAGAGUAGACCCUCCCUAUAGGGGGAAGGGUUGCAAAGCAAUUGUACAUAGGCUAAAAUAUAAGUUAUCUGUACAAACCCUUGUCAUUCGUAAAUAGUUCAUAGUAAAUAGUUAAUUUUAGGAGUUGUAUAGAAUUAGAAUAAAUAAAUAGUUAAAUUUUAA